AAAAUAUUUGCUUAAUACUUGAGUAUGUUGAUAUUCACGUAUGUGAAAAUAACCACAUAAUAUUUGUUUUGUACAUAGCAUACUGAUAACAUACCAGUGUAUCCUUCACAUAAUUCUUUUCUUAUUUGCGAAAUAUAAGUGAGGUGAAUCAUUCAUGACGUAAAAGCAAAAGAAUAGACAAUGAAAGUUUUGGUGCUUGCAGUGCUGGGUUUGGCAAUCUUUGAAAACUUUGUGCACUGCCAAAUAAAUAGUAUUCCAGGCUCUGGAAAAACUAACUUUUACCUGGACCGGUACUCUGACUGUGAUGGAAGACCAAUAGAGGUUGGCAAUUCAACUGUUUUCAUCAGUGGUCAAAGCACAGAGUUACAGGGUCAGCCUGUAACAUCAUGCAGUGUUACAUUAAAAACAACAAACAGAGUACCCUAUAGAUUCAAAUUGCAGGUCAUCAAUAUGCGAAUAGAUGAUCCAGGUGUCCAUUUCUACAUACACGAUGGUGAAUUCCAAGGAAGAUUGCUGGGAUCAUUCAGUAAACUUCAUGGAAAGCCACCAAGUCUAAAUUUCAUAUUUACAUCUGGACACCUUGUGACAUUUCGGUUAACAAGAGGCGAGCUAGAGAGAAAUUUUGAUAUCAGAAUUGUAGUAACGCCUGUACCCUCUUCGUCCUUUUCAGAUAUUUUCGGUUGAUUUCAUCAUGACUCCGCCGAAAUUCGAGAAAGCCCUUAUUCCAGCAGAUGUUUUUUGCAAUAGACUAGAGAAAUUUUUGUUCUUGAAAUGUAAUAAUUCUGUCAAAUACAACGACCUAAACCUAUAA